UGAAUUUUUCACGUAGAUGCACCAAAUCAAGUAAACUUUGGUGUUUUUAAACAAUUUGCAACGGUAUUGCCGUUGUUGUUACCCACGAAGUCCUGAAGCUGUUUGUGGAACUUGUGGCUCGAAUAUUACAUACUUUGAGUAUCACUGUACGUUGUGGACUGUUUUUCUAAUCUGUCACUUGAUUGUUUUGACUUCUCAAGCGGAGUCUGGAACUCAGUUUGGGGACUUCAAAUUGGAUUUUUGCGGGAUUGCUGAGAUCCGGGAACCAAUAAAGUUAUGUCUAAUAGUUAUUACUUCGCGAUUGUCGGGCAUAAUGAUAACCCUGUGUUUGAAAUGGAAUUUACAAGCGCGAAUAAAGAAGUUAAGAAAGAAGACCACCGACAUUUGAAUCAAUUUAUCGCCCAUGCAGCGCUGGAUUUGGUUGACGAGCAUAAAUGGAAGUCCAACAGCAUGCACUUGAAGUCGAUAGAUAAAUUCAACCAGUGGUUUGUUACGGCAUUCGUCACAGCCAGCCAAAUGCGCUUCAUUAUGGUGCAUGAUGCCCGCAACGAUGAGGGAAUCAAAAACUUCUUUAAUGAAAUGUAUGAAACUUACAUCAAAUAUUCCAUGAAUUCGUUCUAUAAGAUAAAUACGCCGAUAAAAAGUCCAACAUUCGAGAAGAAAGCUCAGUUAUUUGGAAGAAAGUUUUUAGUGUCGUAGUUUUAACUUGGCAUAUUAAAUAAAAUUUAUGAUGUUAAUAUAUUUUCAAUUUUAAGCAACA